AUGGGGAGCUCAGAUGAGAGAGUUGUGGCUGUGAUCAUGGUGGGUGGGCCCACUAAAGGGACCAGAUUCCGACCGUUAUCGCUUAAUAUCCCGAAGCCGCUUUUCCCUUUGGCUGGACAGGCUAUGGUUAAUCAUCCCAUAUCUGCCUGUAAACGGAUUCCAAAUCUAGUACAGAUUUACCUUAUUGGUUUCUAUGAGGAGCGUGAAUUCGCAUUGUUUGUAUCUUCGAUAUCAAAUGAGCUAAAAGUUCCUGUGAGGUACUUGAGAGAGGAUAAACCGCAUGGUUCGGCUGGUGGACUUUAUAAUUUCAGGGAUCUAAUCAUGGAAGACAACCCGUCACACAUUUUUCUGCUGAAUUGUGAUGUUUGUUGCAGUUUUCCACUGCCUCAGAUGUUAGAGGCCCACAGAACCUAUGGUGGAAUUGGAACAAUUUUGGUUAGCAAGGUUUCUCCUGAAUCAGCAAAUGAGUUUGGGGAGCUUGUUGCUGAUCCUGUUACAAACGAACUCUUGCACUACACAGAGAAACCCGAAACUUUUGUUAGUGACCUUAUCAAUUGUGGUGUGUACGUAUUUACCCCUGACAUAUUUACAGCCAUUCAAGGUGUGUCCACUCAGAGAAAGGACAGAGCUGCUCUAAGACGUGUAUCUAGCUUUGAGGCUCUUCAACCAGCAGACAGGAGUCUCCCGACAGAUUUUGUUAGACUGGAUCAAGAUAUUCUAUCACCACUUGCCGGAAAAAAGCAGUUAUAUGUGUAUCAAACUUUGGAUUUUUGGGAACAAAUCAAAACUCCUGGAAUGUCCUUGAAAUGUUCUGGAUUAUACCUUGCCCAAUUUAGAGUAACUUCACCCGAGCUCUUAGCAAGUGGAGAUGGUACGAAAAAAGCUACAAUUACUGGUGAUGUUUAUAUUCAUCCAUCGGCUAAAGUGCAUCCAACUGCAAAGAUUGGUCCCAAUGUUUCGAUAUCUGCUAAUGCUCGGAUAGGAGCUGGCGUGAGGCUUGUGAACGGCAUUAUUCUUGAUGAUGUUGAAAUCAAGGAAAAUGCAGUAGUGAUUCAUUCGAUUGUUGGAUGGAAAUCUGCCAUUGGAAGGUGGUCAAGAGUCCAGGCCUCAGGAGAGCACAACGCGAAGCUUGGGGUUACGAUUCUUGGUGAAUCAGUGACAGUUGAGGAUGAAGUUGUAGUGAUAAACAGCAUUGUCCUUCCAAACAAGACUCUAAAUGUUAGUGUUCAAGAAGAAAUUAUACUCUAA